AUGCUGGCAUACAAGGAGAAUGAGCGGCAGAAAGAGCUGCAGAGGCAGGAGAAGGUGAAGCAGCAGAAGGAACAGGAAAGGAUGGAGCAGGAGCGACCCGAGUUGAAGCAGCAGCGGCUUGAAAAGGAGAAGGAGAUGAGCCGGCUUCAACAGGAGGCCUCAAGGAAGGCCUACGAGGAAUACCAGGAAAGGAAGCGGCAGGAGGAGCUGUGGAAGAAGCAGCAGCAGCAGCAGAAGCAGCAGGAGGAGGAAGAGCAGAGGAAGAAGCAGCAGCAAGCGGAAGAGGCGCAGAAGAAGCAGCAGCAGCAAGCGGAAGAGGCGCAGAAGGAGAUGCAGCAGCAAGCGGAAGAGGCGCAGAAGAAGAUGCAGCAGCAAGCGGAAGAGGAGAAGAAGAAGAAGCAGCUGCAGGAGGAAAAGGAGAAGAAGAAGCAGCAGCAGGAGAUGAGCAAGCUUCAACAGGAGGCGUCAUACAAGGCUAUGCUGGAAUACAAGGAGAAUGAGCGGCAGAAAGAGCUGCAGAGGCAGGAGAAGGUGAAGCAGCAGAAGGAACAGGAAAGGUUGGAGCAGGAGCGACCCGAGUUGAAGCAGCAGCGGCUGGAAAAGGAGAAGGAGAUGAGCCGGCUUCAACAGGAGGCCUCAAGGAAGGCCUACGAGGAAUACCAGGAAAGGAAGCGGCAGGAGGAGCUGUGGAAGAAGCAGCAGCAGCAGCAGGGGCAGGGGUAUAUUUGCCUGGCGGACUGCUCUAAUCUGAAGUCUGAGAAGCCCAGGAAGAAGCGGGAUAUCAUGAGUAAGAGCCCCGACCAGAGGUCGUUGGCUCCGGGGGAAGAAAAGAGGACGACUGGAGAGGCGGUGAAGGAGAAUGAUGACGGAAAUGGCAGUCAAGCUCAUAGAGGCACCUAG